CUACGACGAUGGAAAUUCUGCUGAUGGGACGUCAUGAACGUUAUGAUCCUCACACGUUUUCUUGACCCCUCAUUUCGCUAGAUGCGAGGGGAGUGGGGAGUUUGAUUAUUUUAUUGACAGGAUUAUUAUAUGAAAUCUGUAGUUCGUUUUUCGAUGCAAACUAUUUUCUAUUUGACGGGUGCAAACACUUCUGGUUAUCAGUUUGUCAACAAAGCUUGUGGCUAUCUUUUACUCUGAAUUCAACUAAGGAGUGGGGGGUAGGUAAGCCGGGGCUCAAGAAAACGUGCGCGUAUAAUACCAACAUCUAAUAAGGAAAAAUUGGCUAUCGAAUACAUAUUAUGAAUGAAUAAUUCGCGGAUUCCGGGAACAUUUUAAAGCUAGUAAUAUAUAUCAUAUACAUAAUUGUGUACGUUUGUGUGUAGAUCACAUACACGGCUUAGAUAAUGACUUACACAGUGUAAGUGUGGGUGCUCUGCGAUCGUUUGUUGUAAACUGUUCCCCCAGUUUCGUUACUCUUGUACGUCCUGUAUGAAAUCUUUAAUGCGUUAUUGAAUCUAACAAACGAACAGGUCAAAACGGGAGUGAAUUAGAUUGGCAACAAUUAUGUGUGGGAAACUUGAAAUGUUCAUGGUGUAAAUGUCUUCAUUAAUAAUCCAAGUUCAUUUUGGGCAUUAGCGUUUUGGUAAACAUCGUUGCCAUCGUUACAUAGUGAAUGAGAAUUUUGCCCAUUCAUCAUGACAUCAUUGAUUUUCUUCCGCGUUAAUGUUCCAGGUUCUGAUAACGUAUUCUAUCGGCACUUUUCAUUUGCCAGUUUAUCAAAAACACACAAAAUGCUACAAAAUACAGCUCACCAAUUUGCUGUGGAAGAGUUAAAGCCAGUUUCUGCAAAAUCAGAUAGCGAACAACUCUUUCCUGUUGAACAGGAGCAGGAAGUGAUGCAGACUACUUCUGCAAAGUAUGUUGGAGAUCAUUGGGUAUUGAAUGGAACAAAAGUGUGGGUGACUAGUGGAUAUGAAAGGAAAGUUGUACUUGUAUUUGCAACAGUUGUCAACCCUGAACCUUGAGGUUAUCUUUUGACAAGACGGACGAUAAAAGAGGAAUCAGAGCUACAUUGUGCUGCAAUUUUUUUAAAGAUGAUGUUUAUGUUUCUGAUGAAAGUAUUCUAGGGGAAAUUGGAAGUGGCUUCACAAUUGCAAUAUCUUAUGUAGAUAAUGGAAUGGAAUGUUUAUUUUAUGCAACUGGUCAUAAAGAAAGACAUUGGACAAGCAAUUUUAGUUCAAGAUAAUAAUGAUAAUAAACAAUAGAAAUAUACCUAACAAAACAGUAUGCUUAUAUGAUAUAAGCAAUUGGGUAAUUUACUGUAUCUAUGUAUGUGUGUAUGGUGUAAUAAUAUCACACCAAAUAAUCUUCCAAAAACAACUAACACUUUUGUGUACAAGAAUUUCAUACCUAAACAAAAUAAAAUAAUGUAUACAUACUUCGUUCUAUAGUACAUUGUUACUCUGCAAUAAAAAUGCGUGGCAUCAUGAUCAACAUACUCUUGAACUGUACUAGCAAGAAAUCAGUGGCGAUGAAUGUGG